AUGUUAUUAAAACCAACAUUAAGCGAACAUGAGUCUUCGCUCAAUCGUUCCCGCACAUUAUCAGAUUCUCAAUUAGCUCCAUCAUCACUUUCUUCAACUUAUUCUACCAUCUCACAUUCAACGACUCCAUCGCCCUCAUUCAGCACAUCUUCACUCGCCUUGUAUUCUCCAAAGCAUAGUUUCUUUAAAUAUCCACGAAGUUCCAAAAAGCCUAAACAACAGCAAGUAGAAAAUCGUUUCGUUAUGACACUGAUCAAGUCACCGUUGAGUUCACCGAAUUUGGCUUCACAACGUCCGUAUAAUUCAUGUAAUGAGUUUGUUAAUGUUUCGAGUGAAAAUGAACCAAAUGACAACGGUAAUAGUCCUAACAGUGGUAACAAUAACACACUUUUUAAAUCGAAAGUAACAACGGCCUUGAAUCAAAUGAAAUAUCGAUGGGUUGUACGAUUGAGACCAAAUUUUCGAAAUAACGAAUCGUCAAUAUAUCUUCUAGGAAGAAAAUAUGAUGGGAGAGAAGACACAAGUUAUGAUGAUUUAUCCCGUUUAUAUUCCGAACAAUCUUAUAGUCAUUUUUUAUCUGAUUUUCAAGAAUGUAUUUAUCUGUCUUAUCGGAAACAAUUUGAUCCACUAAUUGGAGGCAAUUCACUAACUUCAGACAUCGGAUGGGGCUGUAUGAUUAGAUGUGCACAAAUGUUACUAGCGCAAACAUUGUUCGUUCACAUGUCUAAACAUACACAACUGUAUGAUAGAAUUGAAAUCGGUUAUAAACAAGGAAUUCGUCCAGGUGAUUGGUUUGGUCCCGUUUCCGUAUCACAUGUCUUAAGAGAAGCCGUUCAAUUAGCUGUUGAAUUGAAACAAAUAUCAGACAAUCUUCGUGUAUAUGUUAGUCAAGAUGCAAUUAUUUAUCGUCAAGAUAUCUUUGAUUUAUGUUGUGCACCAUCAUCUAUAGAAAAAGCGAGAAAUCUACUCUAUCCAAACCAUUGUUCCGAACCAUCAGCUUCUAAUACUACUACAGUUAGAGAUAAAUGGAAUUUUUCAUUGUUAAUAUUAGUUCCAUUACGAUUGGGUUUAAAUGAAUUAGGGUUAAUCUAUGAGCCGUAUUUAAAAGAAGCGUUAAAACUACCACAAACUGUUGGAAUUAUAGGUGGUAGUCCAAAACAUGCCGUUUAUAUCAUUGGAUUUCAAGAUGAUAGUUUUAUUAAUCUAGAUCCUCACUAUGUUCAACCAACUGUGAACGUGACGGAAAAUACAUUCGAUCUAUCUAGUUUUUCCUGUUCAUCGCCAAAAAAAUUGACUGCUAAAAAAAUGGAUCCUUCUUGUACUCUUGGAUUCUAUUGUCGGGAUCGAAAUGACUUUGAUCAGUUUUGUUCUCAAUGGAUCCAUCUAACUGAUUCAUCGUCAUCAAUUAAUAGUAACUCACGAUCUUGUCCAAUAUUUCGUAUUAUCGAUGAUACAUUCAAAGAUUGUAAUUCAUCGUUUAACAUUGAUUAUCCUCAGGAAGAAGAAAAUAUUUUACGUGUGACAAAACUAAAUCAACCAUCAAAGAAAAAUAGAUAUUUUCAUUCAGUAGUUAAUAAUAGUGGACAGAGAAACAAGAUUAAAAAAUAUCAUACAGAAUCUGAUAGUCCUCACAAUCGGUCACAUUCAUUGUCAGAUGAUUAUGUAUUUUUAUAG